AUAGGAUCCUAUGUGAGCAGGCUGCGGGAUAAAUAUCGUGUUUGUUACCCGGAGUGAAGGUAUCCGGUAGAGAGAGCUACAUCGAGUAGGAUGGCGUCCAUCAUGGUGCGAGCAGUCCUGGUGACGGCCACCAGCCUGGUGCUGACUGGGGCUGUGGUGGCCCAUGCCUACUUCCUCAAGCACCAGUUCUAUCCAACGGUGGUCUACCUUACAAAAAGCAGCCCCAGCAUGGCGGUCUUGUACAUCCAAGCCUUUGUGCUGGUGUUUCUGCUGGGGAAGUUCAUGAGGAAGGUGUUCUUCGGCCAGCUGAGGGCUGCAGAGAUGGAGCACCUGAUUGAGCGCUCGUGGUACGCCGUGACGGAGACCUGCCUGGCCUUCACCGUGUUCAGGGACGACUUCUCCCCGCGCUUCGUGGCCCUCUUCACGCUGCUGCUCUUCCUCAAGUGCUUCCACUGGCUGGCCGAGGACCGCGUGGACUUUAUGGAGAGGAGUCCCAACAUAUCCUGGGUGUUUCACUUCAGGGUGCUAUCUCUCAUGGGACUGCUGGGAGUUUUGGACUUCCUGUUCGUCAACCAUGCCUGUCACAGCAUCAUCACCCGGGGCGCCUCUGUCCAGCUGGUCUUUGGGUUCGAGUAUGCCAUCCUGAUGACCAUGGUGCUGACCACCUUCAUCAAGUACCUGCUGCACACCAUCGACCUGCAGAGCGAGAACCCCUGGGACAACAAGGCGGUGUACAUGCUGUACACGGAGCUCUUCACUGGCUUCAUCAAGGUGCUGCUCUACAUGGCCUUCAUGACCAUCAUGAUCAAGGUCCACACCUUCCCGCUGUUCGCCAUCCGACCCAUGUACCUGGCCAUGAGGCAGUUCAAGAAAGCCGUGACCGACGCUAUCAUGUCCAGACGGGCCAUCCGCAACAUGAACACCCUGUACCCCGACGCCACUCCGGCAGACCUGCUGGCCUCUGACAACGUCUGCAUCAUCUGCCGUGAGGAAAUGGUCACGGGUGCCAAGAAGCUGCCCUGCAAUCACAUCUUCCACUCCAGCUGCCUGCGCUCCUGGUUCCAGAGGCAGCAGACCUGCCCCACCUGUCGCAUGGACGUCCUCCGAGCGUCCAACGCCAACCAGACCCCGGCCACGCCCCAGGCCCCGCCCCCGGCCCCCGCGGCGCCCCCCAACGCUCCGGCCGCCCCACCCCCCAACGUGGCCAUGGGCAUGCUGCCGGGGUUCCCCCCUCCCGGCAUGUUCCCCUUCUGGGGACCCUUCCCCGGGGCCCCUCCACCGGGCGCAGCCCCCGCCAACGGCCCCGCCGCGGACACGCCCCAGGGCAACGGAGAGGCCCCCCAGGCCGCAGGCUCCAGCUGGCCCCCUCCCACCACGGACCCGUCUGCAGCCCCGCCCGGCCAGCCCAACCCCGGCUUCGGGUUCCCUUUCGCCCCCCCGCCCUUCCCCUCCACGCCCUGGCUGCCCCCGCCACCCCCGAUGCCCUUCGUGUCGUCCAUGCCCCCGCCGCCCCCGUCCCUGUCCGCGCUGUCGGACGAGGAGCUGGGUGAGCUGGAGGCGGAGGGCCGGCGGGGCCUGGAGGCGCGGCUCCAGUGUCUCCACAACAUCCACACGCUGCUGGACGCCGCCAUGCUCAACAUCCACCAGUACCUCAGCACCGUGGCCACGCUCACCCCCCCCCGCACCGGGACGAGGAGCGCAGCCCGCUCGGACCCCUCCCCGCCAGCAGGAGCAGAAGCCCCCGGCCCGGAGGAGUCAACCAGCAGCUCUGAGUCUGCGGGCGGCGCCACUGGCUUCACCCAGCCGGCCGACUCCACCACCGCCGCCUCCGCCUCCGGCUCGGAGGAGCCCGAGGAGAGGGAGCCCAGCGUCGACGGCGAGGAGGUGGAGGAGGAGGUGGCAGAAGGAGGCGCCGAGCCCAGCGCCUCGGAGCUCCGACGCCGGCGCUUGAGGAAGCUCGAGACAUCCUCGUCAACGCAAGCCCCGCCCGACAACUGAAGGCCGCCCCCCCCCCGGCAUCGACAGACCUAGCGACCGCGGGCCGACGGCCCCUCCGGCGACCAGGAGGCGCCGCUCAGCCAGUUAGAUCGGUUCUGUGUUUUUUUUAAUUCCUUCUUAUUUAGGGCCCCUGCGGGCCCCCCGUCUCUCGCCCUAGCUCUCAUGCCUUCCACUGGCCGGCCUUUUCUAGCUGCAAGUCGGGACCCGGGUGGUGGAGAGACCCAGGACUGCGGAGGGAGCGAGCGGUUUGUCUUCUUAACUGUAGUUUUGUUGGGCUGCUGUUCGUGACGACGUGAACGGCGGCCGCCACCACCAAGAACAUCCUAGGCUGACUCCUGUUGGAGGAGAACCCAGCAGGAGGCUCUCGGAUCAGGGAGACUGAGCACGUUUUAUUUUGUAUGUGUUUGGUAGUUGAACGCUAUGGAAGGUUGUCAUCUGCUCCGACUGUGGACCGGACCCAGUUUUGGGGAUGGCGGCAGGCUUCCCUUCACUGUAUUGCUGGUUCAACUUAAACUCUGUUGGGACUUUAUCACUAGCGGGGUACACAAAGAAAUCUUGCUGUAGACUGUGGAAGAUUACAACCUUUUUUUUUUUUUUUUGCUUUUCUUUAUUUAGAUCUAGAUUUUUGUUUCCAUCUGGUUUGUGGAGGUCUUGUCACCACAAUGUUACAUAGAGGCUAUGUAAUUGAACCUGUACAUACUGUAAAGAAUUUUAAUAGUAUGAACUGUACAUAAUGCUAAAUAAACUGCUUAAACAAACCGGCUUCAACUAAACAAGUGCAAGUAUUUUGUUGUAAGACUUAUUUUAUACAGCGAAUCACUCUUUACUGCCUGGGAUAUUGUCCAUUUUCUGGCUAUGAAAAUUGUGGCUUACAUCUAGUGCCGAUUUCUCAUUCUUAAUAAUCCUCAGUGAUUUAAACUAUUUAACGAACACCUGAUAUCAGUUGUUGGGGAAACUGCAUGCAAGUGUUAGUCUUGUUUUGUUGUAACAUUAAGAUUAAUUUAUUCGAUUUCUGGUGGUGCUUCAUUGGAGUACUUCAGUUAAAGUCCAAAUUGAUUCUAAAAGCAUUACUGUAUCAUGUUCUUAUAACCAUGGUAUUCUACGAGGCCAUUAAGGUCAAAGUAAAGACUGUUUGCUCUGUUCAAAGAAAAAAUGUAUCUUUAAUGUACUAAAAUUUAUAGUUAAAGUGGAUUAAAUUGGCCUAAUGUUAGAAACAUGAAAAUUUUCAAGAAACACAUCGUUGGGUUGUAAUUUUGUAAACUGGCUCUUUAUUUGUGUGUUGAAUGUACAACACUGAUAAAAAAAAAAAAAGAAUUUGCUUCAGAUUCUCCCACAGAAAGGUAAUGCAUUCUUACUCGCUGUGGAUCAUGGAUCUCAUUUUAGCUUUCCCAAAUAUCAGUGCAAUAAAUGACAAGGGCAAUAAAUGAAUUAUGCACUGAAAUGUUUUGUUGUCAUUGUGUGAGUGUUGCAUCCUGUUGAACAGGUAAACCUUUACUCAUGACAUACAGCAGUGCAUUAGAGGAAUUAUUUGAGGAUUCAUAGAUAUGAAAAAGCAUUAACUUUGAUAGAAAAUAAGUUAUAAUAUACAAUCUUUUUAAAUGAAAAAAUAUAACCAAGUCAAUCAUAUUAAUUAUCUAAAAGUACAAAACUAAAGCACACGGAGUAGAAAGUUCCAACAGCACAGGUAUUAAG